AUGGCGGAUCCUCUUAGUAUUACCGCAGGCAUUGUCGGCAUCGCCGUUCCCGCUCUCCAGGGUCUCAGACUUCUCCUACACGACUUACAAAGCAUCAGAGACGCACCCGAAACCAUCAGCAAUCUAAAAGACAACAUCCGCGCCAUCGAACUGGCCCUGAUCUCCCUCCAAGCCAUCUCAGAACAAGAAUGGGAGUCCCUCGGCACAACCGUGGCAGACGAAGCAAAAGCCACCAUCGCAACCUGCACCAAAGCAUGCGAGAUAUUCCGCUCUAACCUCCAGCGCUGGACAGGUCACUCUCAGGAUGGCAAUGGGAGAUUAUCGCGGCUCGAUCGAGCAAAGGUGGGGAUCUUCAAGCAGGGACAGAUCAAGUCCAUGUGCGAGCAGCUGCAGAGCUGCAAGAUCACGAUCAACUCCGUUGUUAGCAUAGCGACGCUAUACAGCUCCCUCCGGCAUACCCACCUCACCGAGGAAAUGAAGAAGACCAUCGCGAUGCGGCAGACAGAGCUCGAAGCCGCCAUCAGGACAACGGAUGAUCAGAUCGCUGAUAUCCGAACAAGGCGGGAGGAGAUCGACCUUGUGGACGGGACCCAGGCAGCCGCAGACCCGGAGACUGAAGCAGACAUGUUGAGACAGCUCGACGAAGAACACAAAACACUAUAUAUAUCGCGGAGACUGCUCAAUGAGCUCAUGACGAGAGUGCAGGAGAGUACUAUAGUGAAUGUUGUGGCGAGGAACGAGAAUAACUCGACGCGUGUAACGUUUGGGAGUCAAAACUCUGGCCUCCAGAUCGGUGUCAGCAACGGUCCCAUCACCGGGAUUACGUUUGGUCGAAUGAGCGUUUGA